GGUGAUUCGGUGAACGAAUCUUUUGAACAAAUCUUUUAAGUGAACUGAUUACAGUGAUUCAGUACAUCUAAAAGAACGGUCGUGUCCAUCACUACCUGCUAACAGUAAAUCGCGCUGCAUUCACGUGUUCGUCGAAUGCUCUGAUUUCUCCGUGAUAUAAACUCAUUUUGGUAGUAAUCUGAAAAUCGCAUUGUAAGAAAGAAAAUUAAGAUACGUUGAAAACAAUUACAUUGGAUUAAUCAAUCCGAUUCUAAAUAUCACAAAUUCACAACAAAUGUUGAAUCACGAGCCUAUUUCAACGAAAUCCACGACCUUGUGAGAAAUUCAUAUUUCCGAUUAUUGCGACUACAAGUGAAUGCAUAGUUAGCUGGGUUAAGCUAGUUGAUACGGCAGUGGGCUUUUUCGGUAAUGUAUUUAAUCUACAUAUUCCCUCUGUAGCAAUAGAAAUGAGUUCUUAUCAAGUUUUUUUCGUUUUCAAAAUGGUAUAAAUUAUUUUAGAGCACUUUUUGAAAGUCCAACAGCAGAAACGGAAAGCUAUAUCAACAGACUGACUCCUAGCAGCCAAAGCUAGGAAAGUAACUUCAGUUUAAGGAAACUUCUCAAACUAAAGCUCAUUUCACUUCUUGCAGGAGGUCUGAAAAUGUCUUACUGGAUAUGCUGCAACUCCUGCUUCCACUCACCCAGUGCUAACCGCAAACUGGCUGUCACAAGCUGUGGACAUGUCAUCUGUAGUGUCUGUUUUCAGAAAGGUGAAGACAUGUUUGUUGUGCUCACCCAGGGAAAACAAUCACAGUGUUUUGGAUUUAGUAGUUUUAGAGGAAUGACCAUGUAUUUUCUUUGGUUGCUCAAUGUCUGCUCCCCCUUGCACUGAAAGCAUGAUUAAACAGGGACAUCUGUUGGAUUUAAAGUGAUAUUGCAGAGAUGAUGACCCCCUCCUUAAACACAUGGUACUUGUGGUCACGCUGGGUUUCACAUUACUGUAGUUAAUAUUACAUCAGGGAGAGGGAAAUCUCUGAUCCGGUCAUGCUCAGCCAUUGGGUUCUUAUCCUAAUGGCCUCAAAUGAUUAAAAGUGAAAUCACUCUGUCCAGCAUUGGAUUUGGGAGCUCUUGGCACACUCCUGGAGGUCCCUUGGUCCCACUUUGGGAGACACUGAUCAAAUUCACAAACCCAAGUCUUUUCCUCUGUGCUAAAUCUCAAUCAACCUCUGAUUAUAUUUUAAUUUGCUUUGGCUUUCAGAGUUAGACCCAUGAGAUACAGAUGAUUAACUUUGGGGCCACUUCUGAAGCACACUGAGAACCCAGAUUCCACAUGUCCUAUAUUCAGUAUAAACCCUGAUGAAUUAUGCAGCUCAUUUGUUGCUUUUAAAAUCUGAUUCUUUAUAAUUGCAACAUUUCUUCUAGGCAGCCAAGGCAUAUGUCUGAUAUGCAAGGCCACGUGCAAACUUUCACCUCUGUCAGACAAUGUAGGUAUCUUUCUGCUCAUCAUUGGAUGGAAAAACUACAAUUUUUCAUAACUUUAGAGAAAGCUCAUUUUAUGGCCAUAUGAUAUGUCCUUUUUUCAGAGCAGCUCAGAGGUGAAGGCCCUGUUCUCUGACAUCAAUGAUGUGGCAACAAAGCACUUCAGUGAAAUCAGCAAGGUAAAAUAUUUAAAACUUAGUUCCUCUUGAUUGUUUUCUUAAAGAGCUGUUUGGUAGAGUUAUAAAUGGAUUAUGUGUUCUUCUUUUUUAAUAUAUUAUUUACUUCUUCAAACCUAAUGUGGCCCAUUUCCUACCCUUUCCAGGUUGUUAUGUUCCAGGCGAGACAUCAGAAGAGACUGUUGACUCAUUACCAGAAUAAGGUGAGAAAGAGCUACUAUAAUUUUGCCAAAGGGAAUGUUUGAUGGAGUGUAUCCUUGUGUUUUAGAGUUUGCUUCUCUUCAUUUGGCAGGUAAUGGACCAUAUCUUCAAACUCAUUAUUGGCCAUUAAUUUUUACUGCGCAGGAAACGUGUGACACAAAUUCUUUAAACCCUCCAACCAUAAUGACAGUGUGAUUUAUUGAGUUUCUGCUCUCACUGAAAUGGAUGUAAACACCCUAAACAAUAUGUUACUAUAACCACUGUGUAUUAACCAUUAAAUUUAAUACAGAAUGAGAAGCUAGAGGAGGUAUUAGGCAAGAUGAAGCAGGAAAUGCAGCAGAUGACAAAGUAAGGAAAGUUGUUUUUUAUUUAUGAAAUGAAUUUUGGGAUUUCUGCGCGACUUUUACCUCCAUUUGUUUUCCUGCUAAAGGAAGCUGAACGAACAGAGCGCCUACAUCGCUAAGCUGGAAAAUACCCUCCAGCAUCACAGGUACAACACAGAGUAGAUUCUUCUGGGUGAUAUUCAUACUCGGUUCAGACACAUACAGACACAGUAUUGCUCACGAGCCAAUGCUGCUACUACUACUACUACAGGUUACUACAUUGCUACUGCUACUACAGUACAUUGUUCCAAAAUUUAAGACUUUAUCUUUUUUUUAAUAUUAUUCAACCCUCCAAAGUGUUUCUUGGUUAUUUGUGUGUUAAUGUUUAUAAAUUUGAUAAGUUUCUGGGGGAUUCUCUGUCUUAAACAGCUACUAUGACAUGAAUUUUCCAAGUCUUUAGCCAUCCAACAAACAGCAAUUUUGUAUUGAGCAUUUGGCUGAUGUCUUAUGCUAAAACAUCAUGAGCUGGGUUUUCUGCAUUUGUAAUCAUGAGACUCACAAAGAUGUACAAAGGCUGUGCAACCUGGAAUACGUUUGAUUUAGACGGUGAUAUUUUAAGUUUAGCAGCAGCACAGCAUUAGAAGGUAUUUACAGCCAGCUGCUGUUACCUUAAUUGUCACUAGGUGUCACUCCUGGCUCAUCUACAUUUGAGUUGCUGCAACCAACACCGACCAAGUAGAAGUAUAUAGACUCUGAAAAUCCGUCCAAAGAUAUUUUUUUCAUGGUGUUAGUUUAGCCUCUCAAUUCAACAGCCAAUCUUAAAAUUUAAUCAAAUAUCGCAGCCCACUGUAAAAAGACAUUACAUUUCUUCACCUGUCUGUGAAUAAUCUAUAAAUUCACCUAGAGCUAUAUCUGUUAUGAUGAGUCUAAUUUAUCUGUUUUUUUACUGUUUUCAUCCAGUUCAAUGGUUUCAUCAAUGUCUCAGGUUAGCCACAACUCCCAGACUCCACAGAGACAUACACAAGGUAAAUAACAACCUUAAAAAAAGUCUUUAGAUAUAAAACAGUUUGUGACUUAGAUGUCUUAACAUAAUGCAUAUUGUUUUUAAUCCUAUUUAGAAAGGUUUUCAGACAGCAAAUAGUGUUUUGUUUUAAAUGUUGCUGCAGCAAGGGUAACAUUAUGAUAAUAAAUAAUAUAUCCACCAAGUUGCUGAUAUACACUGUGCAAUGACUUCUCAUUUUCAUUGAUAGUCUAUAAUUGUUACUUUUGUUGUGUUUUCUUGUUUGUUUUACAGCCCUACAUAGUCCAUUCAAACCCCUCUCAAGACAAUCCUCCAUGGCUAAUCUGUGAGUUUGAGCAUUUUUAACCGUCUUCCAUGUUAAUGUUUAACUUGCUCUCCCUUCACCCCACCUCCGUCUGUGUUUUUUUACCUCUCUGCCCUUCAUUACCUCUCGCCAUAAGAGCGAAACUGAGAGGGAGGGAGAACGUAGGAGGUAUUUCACAGUGCAAACACCCUAUAUCCUGGCUUCAACUCUGGUGUCUUAUGUUAGCUUUAGCUGCUGUAUAGCUUUGCCCUGCCCUGCGGCUUUCUCCCCACACUCACACACCUGAAUAAGCUCGGCCACACUGGGGUUUGGUUAGGACUCACUCAUGGUUUUCCCAGACACGGCUGACACAGGACUGAUUGGCUGCUGGAGUUUAAUUGUACAAAUGUUGUUUCAUCCAGCAAGACUUUGGAUUCUUUUACUCAGUGAAAGCAGCAGUGAUGGAAAGCGGAUAUUAACCCCAUUUGAAACACAUCCACCAUGGCUGCAGGGUCAAUCAAGUCGGGGUUUUAUGUGUUAAAUAAUUAUGUUUGCUCAUGCAGAGGUAAUUAUAGUGCAUAUAGUGUUUCAGAGCCUGUAUUUAACCUGUUCGGUCAACCAGGUGUAUUCUCAUUUGGACACUGAGUUUUUUGGAUGAAGUAGCCAUCUCUGAGACAACAGUAUUAAAAGUGCCACAUGGAUAGUUUACAAACUUACAAAAAAGCAUUUACCUAAAACUAGAGGAAAGAAUAAAAGGUUAAUUAUGAAGAGCGUUAUUUAACUGUGUAGGUUUUGGCAUGUUUUGGCCACUGGUGCAGAAACGUUCUUUCAAAAUCAUGUGCGUUGUUUUUAAUUUGUAGAGUUAAACUUCAAUGGAAGAGCGCAGAACUACCUGAAAAGACAUCUGCAUUCAAAUUUACUGUUAUAUUUGGACCUGUAGCUUGGUAUUCUGACUGAUGAAGGGUGAUUUUGUUUUCUGUAGCUCUGAUAACAUGGAGGUGGAUGGUCUGUUCAGGAAGGUAAGUUUCUUUGUAUCAACAUUUCUGUAAAGUAAUGAAUGGGACCUGAAUGGGUUAUUUUUUUAGAUUUAUUUUCAGACGUUAAUACUUAAAACUUAAAAGCGUUAAAACAAGCCUAAUUUAGGAGGUUUCUGUCUGUGUCUUUCAGCCCAACACUGUCCCCAGACUGUCCCUGAUCAGCCCUCCCGAAAGCGGACGAAUGGGUAAGUGCUUUGCUUGGCCUGCUAGUACCCGCUGUAUCAGUAGGUGUGGAUGUAUUAGUUUGACACCUUUCCUCGUUUAGUCUGUAGGUACUCUGCUGAAGCUUGCAUUUACAGUAUUCAAAGGAAAGGUGUCAGGCUGACAUUGACGUAGUUGCUCCAUAAUAACCUGACAAAAUCGUCUUGCAACUCAGCCUUGUUAGUGGAUUAUGUGCACUUAGUUGACCACCCACGGUGACGACACCAACGCUGAUGCCGGCUGUUGUUUUGCUAAGGAUUACACCCACUGACUUCCUUCUAUUCAACUUUUUAAAGGACAAGUUCCCCUUAGAGGAACUUUUGACUUUUAGUGUGGGUGAUAAAUCCACUGACAACCUUCACGUCUUAUUAAGACUGAGAAGUUCCUUAUCAUAGAUCUGUUAGUGUUCAAGCCAAUGACGCAUCCUAGGAAGUCAUAAUGUUGUACAUGCCUGUUUAAAAACAUUACAUAUGCAUGAAAUAUGUCUCUCUGGUUUUAUGUUUAGGCACCAUCUCUCACAGAUCAUCUGAUCGAAGCGCGUUGACCAACUACUCAGCUUGUUCAGCCACAGUCAGGUGACUUUUUUCAUCAAUUAAGUGACAAAAUAUUACAAUCAGAAUAAUGCAGAUGAAUAAAUAUCCAUGUACUGCCUUUUAAAAGUUAAGCUCCCCCAACCACCUGUUUUCAUAUUAUUUUAAAUGAUUUUAAAAAUCCCUUAAAACCCUUGAUAAGUUCAUGAAGCCGACAGGUAUAGAUUGUGAGGUUGUUCAAGACAUUUUCAGAACACACUGGUCAGCCAUAUACUUUCAAUAGGAGAAACAGCUGGAGCGAUGGUUUAAGCAUAGAUUGUAUAUGUAAGUGGACACCAUGAGUAUCUGUUCAGCCCGAAACCAAAAGAUUUAGAGCUCCCCCUUGUGACUGGCUGCAAUAUAGGCCACAACCCUGCUUUCAUAAUGUAAACAGAUCAGAGAACAGCCAAACUGUAAGAUUAAAACUUGGACUGAAUUAGUGAUCAUUUUACUUUGCAGAUAAGUGCAUGAUUGUCAGCUCUGGUGACAAACGCACACUCCUGCAGGGUUCUGUAGUGGAUUAACAGAUUAGAGGAAUAAUUGUGACAAACAUACCACAAGAGUCAUUGGACUUUCUAUGAUUAUGAUUGUUUGCUUCACACCAACAUAAGAAUCUGUUCUGCUGCAGACUGUACCCACAUGAAGGAGCUUCAACAGCCUUUGACAAGUUUAGUGCGUGUUUUGGUUAACAUUGCAGGACUGGCGUCACACCCGCUACACAACCAGCCAGGUUGCUUCUAUGCAUGCCUUGGUUCCACCAGCAUGAAUGCUGGUGCCAGAGGAGGCAACCUUUUGGCUUCAAAGCUAGCAGUGGGUGGGCAUGAAGUGACACAGAAAUCACAGAUUUUAUGAAACAACUCAGCCUUUUUUAAAGUAAAAUGUAAAUAAUUUAAAAAGUUUAAAUAGGAAAAUGUGAGUGAGAGGUUCAUUUUUUAAAGCUCCUGUGAGGAAUUUUUUGCUUACGUCAACUUUGGAUGCCCCGGUGCAGCCUUGGUUUAUCUUGUCCUCUACAUACCUAAGAAGUAUCUUUUGAUAAAGAAUCUCAUCCUGCUGACAGUCAAAUUUAUCAUCAAAAGUGAAUAUUUUAUGUGGAAAUUGUUGAAAAAGAAAAAAAAGCUUUUUCUAAAGCUGCUUGGCUGACACCUACUUCCUGACCCCAGUUUCACAGUCAGUCUUGUCCCUGGUGCCCUUGUUUACUUUUAGAUAUAAUGAAAAUGCACCAAUAUAAAUGACAGUCUAUUUCAUAUACAUUAAAAUCUCCUUAUGGUAGCUUUAAGUGUUGCAAAACAACCAUCAGUUCCGGAUUUAUCUCUUCUUCUUUCACAGUCGUUUUCAAGGAGUACCGUUGACUCCAGACAUUCCCAGCAGCCAGAUUUCUGGUUGGAAGUCUCCCAUCUUCCAACUUCCCUCGUCCUUCAGACACUCCAUGUCCUCCCUGGUCUCCCCUGGGCCAUAACACACGCACACACACACGUGAUAUGGAGCAUGAGGAGGCAGCACACCUGGCUGCUGGGAUGUGCAUGAAAGUACUCACGUGUAAAGCUACCUAAAAUGAGUCAUCAGCCGUCGUUACAACCCUGGA